AUGUCGCCUGGUAGGGAAGAUGUGACCAGUCCCCUUCUGCUAACCCGAUCAGUCAGUACAGACUAUGAGCAGCUGUGCUCUUUGGAUGUGCUAGGACUUGCUGACAAGCCAGAGAAUGACCAAGGAACUGUAUAUCAGGAAUUCAAGGAGCAACUACAACGAAACGAGGCUGGUUGGUAUGAAACAGCGUUGCCUUGGAAGGCCAACCAUCCGGAACUACCAACAAAUGAAGUAGGCAGUCAGAGAAGGUUACGGCAACUUGUCAAACGGCUUGAGCGAGAGGGGAAUUAUGACGAGUACCACAGCAUCCUUCAAGAACAGCUCGAAAGCGGAGUGAUUGAAAGAGCACCCACAGUACCCAAAGGCAAAGAAUACUACAUCCCACAUAAAGGAGUGUCCAAGAAAGAGGCAGAAAGUACAAAGUUGCGGGUGGUCUAUGAUGCAUCUGCACGAGAAGAUGUGAAGCAUCCCUCCUUAAACGACUGCUUGAAUCAGGACCAUCACUUCAAAACAUGCUAUGGAACAUCCUGA